AUGUCAUGCCCAGAGGAACUGGCUGCCCUGGCAGAUGAGGACUUGCUUGACUUCCUACUGAAGGAUGAUGCUCCCUACCUUGAAAUCCCGGGGGAGGAGCAUGGUCUGCUGGAAGACUGGGGCCUGCCAGAGCCUGAGCUCCUGGACAAGGAGAUGGAUGACUUCAUCAGCUCCAUGCUGAGCCCCUUUGAAGAUGAACCAGGCACGCUGCAGGGUUAUUCGCCUGCUGACAGUGACAGUGGCAUUUCUGAGGAUCAGCAUCUGUCCCAUAGCCCUGGCAGUGACUUUGCUGGCAGUCCUCGGAGCUCAGACAUUGUGCAGGUUGAUCACAACUAUUCCCUCCAUCAGGAUUGGCCUGCUCUGGAAAGCGUGAGGUCUGACACGGCAGAAGGAGAUGUUUCCAUUGACUUUGGAGCAUGGACGGGUUUGGAAGGCACAAGCAAGGCACUGGAACAGAGCUGCAGUUUCCCCAUUGCUGUUGCUGUGGAUGCCGAACCCCAGCUUGUGCCUGGAGCCAUCGUGCAGUCUGACUUCCCAGAGCUGGUCCUGACAGAGGAGGAGAGGCAGCUCCUGGAGAAAGAAGGUGCUUCAUUACCAAUCUGUCUGCCACUGACCAAAGCCGAAGAGCGGCUUCUGAAGAAAGUGCGUCGGAAGAUCCGGAACAAGCAGUCAGCCCAGGAUAGUCGUCGCAGGAGGAAGAUCUACGUGGAUGGCCUGGAAAACAGGGUGGCAGCCUGCACAGCUCAGAACCAUGAGCUGGAGAAGAAGGUGCAGCUGCUGCAGAAGCAGAACAUGUCACUGCUCGAGCAGUUGCGGAAACUGCAGGCCUUGGUGAGACGGUCCACCACCAAAACUACCACAACAAAAACCUGCACCUUGGUUGUAGUUCUGUCCUUCUGCCUCAUUCUCUCGCCCAGCAUCUGCUCGUUUCAGAGCAGAGAGCCACAGCCGGAGCUCAGAG